AGAGUAGCGGUGAUGAUCGCCCCAGGAGAGGAUGAGAUCAGUGGCAGGGCUGACUUACUUCACAGUCCUCAUUCUGAUCCAACCUGCAUCGUCGGCUUGUAAGCCACGCUUGUGAUUAACAAAACUUCUAAACUGAAGACAGUGGUGAGCAACGUUCUGUUAGUUAUUAUAAACUCAAGAUAAUUUGUUAGUAGCGACAACCAGCAUCGUCCGCUUGUAAGCCACGCUUGUGAUUAUCAAAACUUCUAAACUGAAAACUGUGAAAAUGCAGAUCGGAUGUGCUAGGACAAGGUGCACCCUUCGGUUGCUUGCGGUGUUCCUCUCAGUGCUGAAGUUCACCGCGGGCUUAACUACACAGGCCAACAUCGAGAUCUUCAAUACACACAAGGCGCUGGGACAGUGUCCAACCUUCACGCCUUUGUCCACCCUCACCAAGACGGAUAUCGUAGGUAUCUGGCAUGUCUAUCAGCAGUCCGACAACUCAUUGGAAAACUCAUGGACCUGCAAAAAUCUCGUAUACAGCGCCAUCAGCAACGACUUCACCUACAAUUUUAGAGUAAACAACUUAGCCACUUCCUAUACUGGCACAUACGGCGUCAACACUGCUGGAGCCGGCAUCAUAUCUGUGGCGCUCAGAUACCAGUUGGCUCUGGGUGCGGACAGCUUUGGUAACGUGAACCAGUUCGUGGUGGCAGCGGACGCCACAAAGUACUUAAUCAUCAGAGCCUGCACUAAUUUCGGUCUCUUCAACCAACAAUACGUCUACGUACUGACGAGGCAAACAUCGCCAGACGCUAGCACCAUCACGGCCAUUAACACGGCGCUGGCCACAGCAGGCGUGCAGGCGGCUCAGCUCUACACCGUCACGCAAACGGGCUGUACAUGAUCAUUUUUCUUGUAAUCAAGUGUUAUCGUUUAUUGUUAUAAAUUUCAGCUGUUUAAUUACAUUACUAAAUAGUAAAGUUCAUUUCCUGUGAAAGCAUUAAUAGGGUAUUCGCGAUCUCCAGGAAAAAUUAGUUAUUCAUGUUGCCACAUACUGGGGCUUGGACAGAAUAAG